AUGAAAUGGGCACCGGACACACAUUAUCCUCCUCAGGGUCCAGUUCACUCUUACUAUGACCAACACCUGUAUUCCCCGGCCGGCCAACUCACCGCAGGGCCCGAUCCUCGUCGUCCUUCACAGCUGCUGCAGCAUCAACACCCUCGAACUGGCCAUGGUUACCAAUUGGAUGGGAUGCCAGGCUCUGUGCCUCAGAACCAACCUCAUCCUCCUCAUUCUCGUCCACAAUCUGGGCUAUAUGCUACUGACUAUACAACCGGACAGCAAGCCGGUCCACUCCAAGCUCCAUCUGCCAUUCUUCAACGGAAUAGCGAAAUGCUGGACCACGCGCAAGGCCGCCAUCCAGUGUAUGCGCCGAGACCGCACUCAGUGUCAGAGGAUCAACCGCCCACCUCUAUGCAUGGUCAGCAUAGGCCAUCAAUCGAUAUGUGUGCCGUGUCACCCUUCACAGAGUAUCACUUCAAUCCGCCUGUUACAACCAAUGGUAGACCACCUGAUUCGAAUAGUCCUAUGGUAUCCCCAACUGGACCACGGCCUGAUCCUAUGAGGAUAGCCGACAUUCUUACUACUGGCGAGAGAAGUCGCAGUAGGACGAGCGUGGACGAUCGCUUAUCCGACAACCGCUUCAACCUCCAGAUACGACAGCAACCGAUUGCGGCUCGAUCAUGUGGAUUUGGGGAGAGAGAUCGGAGAGUUAUCGAUCCGCCGCCAAUCGUUCAGCUUCUCAUCAAAGAUGACAGUCUCACGAAAGAAGAGAUAGGAAAACAUUUGCGCUAUCCCCACUACGUGAUGAGUUGCUCUAUUUUCGAUGAAUCUGGGUCUUGUGAUGCGUCAUUCAUGCCUGAAGAGUAUCGGCAACAGCGCCGACUCAUGGGCUUAUUAGUCAGUGCCCCGUUUGUCGGCAAGGAUGAACAUGGCGAGGAGGGUUGCUUCUUCUGCUUUCCAGACUUAUCCUGCAGAACUCCUGGCUCAUUUCGCCUUCAUUUCACCUUAGUCAAAAUUGACCCAAUCCGUGCAAAAGAGGUGAAGCGCUUUCCGACUUUGGUCACCGCCCAGAGCGAAGUUUUCACUGUUUAUACAGCAAAGGACUUUCCUGGGAUGCAGGCCAGCACAAAGUUAACUAAGCGACUUAAAGAGCAAGGCUGUAUUAUUUCUAUCAAGAAGGGAAAUGACCGGUCCAAAAACAUCAGGAGUCACGACGAUUCAAGCGAUGGAGAGCAAGAUGAGGGCGAGGCUACGUUGCAAGGAAAGCGGCGACGCCGUUCGGCACGACAGUGA